GUAAACAGCUCCGUACGCUUUCACCAGUACAUAAACCAAAAGUACGAAAAAAUUUCGUGUUUCAACAUUUUUGGAAAUCUUUACUCAAGCAUUUCUCUUGCCUUAAACAAAAUUUAUAACCUAUCCUCCCGAAGAUGUGUUGCCAAGGAGCUUGUGGAUCGGUAUCCUAUGCCCUGGCUUAUGGCCCCGUCGGACCCGCUCUGCCAGCCAUGAACUAUAAUAACUGCUGCUGUGGACCCAAUCCUCCCUGUGGUCCCUGGACAUGUCCUCCUAACAGGUGCUGUUGUGCCGGCGAAUGGGGUUGCUUUGGGCCUUUUUACUGAGAAACCCAAGGUACGACAAUUCCUGAAGAAAACGACGUGAAAUUUUUUUGUGCUUUUGGUUUGAACCACAUUUUCACUUACACAAUGGUUCGAGCUUUUCAAUAAAUUAAUGUACUU